UUAUACCUAUUUCUUUUAUUAUUAUUUUGCAUAAAUAAAAUGUUAAAAAAAAUUUAAAUGCCUUGCGCAAGAGUUCAAAACUGAUGUGACAACCAACAGCUACGAUGUUUUCAACCAAAUUGAGGUUCGUUUGGUUUUUGGGGUUAAUCCACGGUUAAUCAUAGUAUCAAAAUUAUAAAAAUAUUAAGAUCCUCUUUAAAAGUAAAAAUACCAUUUUUUUUCAGUCAAAUACCAUUUUUUUAAAUACUCGAUACCACUUUUUAUUUUUUCCAUCUGGCAACACUGAUCGGUAAUAACAAGAACCCGAACAAAGCUAAUAUUUGUUUCUCUCGUUGCAUAGGAGGAGAGAGAAGGAAGGAUAUAUGAACGGUCAAGUGUCAAUCUUGUCAGUUUUGGUGGAAAUUUUCUUUGUUUAUUUUAUUAAGAAAAGUGUUUUUCAGUAAAAUUUUGGGUAUUUUUCUAUCCAUAAUCAAGAACGGCUCUUAGAUAAACUAUAAUAUAAUGAAAAUAUAGUGAUAUGUGAUAUUACUACUUUAUACAGCGGAAAUUAAGAAAAAUUCAAUGUUGCCAUAAUUUUCCGUUUUUCUGAAAAACGGUAAGGGACCGCCAGGAAACAAGUUCAGAUUCGUAAUCUACGCCCUCAAAAUAGGGUGUAUACCAAUUUUGGUGAAAAUCGGACGAUUUCCACUUUUCCCAAUAACUACCUCAUUUUAUAUUUCAAGUUCAAAAGAAAAUUUUGUCGCCUAUGUUUAGUUAACAGCUCUUUAGUUUUUCAUUCUUGUUUUAAAUAUACUGAUUAGUAGAUAUUAAAUAGAAAUAAUAAUGUUUUCGGGUGAAUUAUCAGAAGUAAAAAUGGUUCACAAUGUAUUAAAAUCCAUUGCAAUAAAAGAGUUUGCAGUCCUUCGACCAAUGAAAGAAGGAUUAAAAAUAACAGUUGAUGAAAUGAGAUGUAUUGAAGCCUCUGCUUAUCUUCCUUGUAACAUAUUUUCGGCAUAUGCAAUUGACAAUGAAGAUAUAAUUUUCAAAGUUAAUUUGAAAAUAUUGACUGAAAUUUUAAAUAUAUUUGGUGAAGACGACCAUACUAGUUUGAAACUUAGUUAUAAGUCAGCUGGUUCUCCCUUAUUCUUAAUAAUGAAUCAUGAAGAAGAGAAUAUUACUGUCGACUGUGAAAUACGGACAGUGAACAUUGAUGAUUUUGAAAAUCCAAGUUUGGCAGAGGAGUGUAAUAUGAAUAAAAUUGUAAUGAAUGCAAAUAUCUUUGGUGAACUCUUAAAUAGGCUUGAUAGUCCGGCAGAAGAAGUGCAGAUUACAUUUAGCCCUAGUCAUCCAUAUUUUAAAUUAAAAACAACAGGUCUGGUAGGAGAAUCAGAGGUUUGUAUAAAUAAGAAUUCAGAUUCUGUGACUAUGUACCAAUGUAAUGAAAAAACCAAAUCGAUAUAUACAUUCUCAAACAUUAGACAUGUGAUUAAGGUUCUUCAUCAUGCAGAUAAAGUGGCUAUAUCCACGGGGGAAUCUGGAUUAUUAGGUUUACAGUUGGUUAUUAAUUGUGAUGAUAAUCAAAUGUAUGUUGAGUUUUAUAUCACCUCACAAUAUCAGACUGAUUAGUAGUGAUAAUUAAAAUAUUAUUUUUUUAAAUUGUUUCAUUUGU